AUGCGCGUCGCCGCUCUAGGCGGUGGGUUGAGCAAUAGGUUGCAGCACAUGGCCGAUAUGGGCCUUUUACCAGACGGCACUCCGAUGCGGCUACCCGACGACACUAUCAAGGCCGCCGUGACUACACCUACAGCUGCUGCCGAAACUAUUGUCGAAGAAUACGUCGACCUACCCUUGGACCACUUUAAUUCCGGUUACGGCUCACUCAAGACGUUCAAAAACCGUUUCUGGGUUGCCGAGUCUGGGUACAAGCCGGGCGGACCUGUGUUUAUCUACGAUGUUGGCGAGGCGGAUGCAGAGAGCAGUGCGCUGUUCAGGCUUCAGGAUCCGAGUUCGUUCUUCAAGCAGAUUGUGGACUCGUACGGCGGCAUCGGCAUAGCCUGGGAGCAUCGCUACUAUGGCAAAUCGGCCCCCGUGACGAUCGAUCUAGACACGAAGCCCGAAGAUUUCACGUACCUCACUGCCGAGCAAGCUCUGGCCGACAUCCCAGCCUUCGCCAAGCAGUUCAAGAGAGCAGAUAUCAACGCCACACUCACCCCAGACAAAACGCCCUGGAUCUUCGUCGGGGGAUCGUAUCCCGGUAUGCGUGCUGCUUUCGUGCGCAAGUUCUACCCAGAGACCAUAUACGCUUCCUACGCGUCAUCCGCACCUGUAGAGGCUAGGAACGACAUGUCCGUCUAUUUCGAGCCAGUCUGGCGUGGCAUGAACGCGUACGGCUGGGGAAAUUGCACUCAAGACAUCAAAGCUGCCAUCAACUACAUGGACAAUGUGAUGGAGAAGCCAUCAGCCUCAGCAGCACUCAAAGAGAAGUUCCUCGGCCUCGGUGCAGGGAACAACUCGAAUCCAACUUUCGCCGACGCUCUCUCCACCCCCUUCUAUCUCUGGCAGUCCUACGGCGUGGAAGGAGGCACGACAGGUCUCAGAUCUUUCUGCGACUGGAUCGAGUCUGACCCAACAACGAAUGCGACUGCCCCCGCGGCGGGAUGGGCUGCCAGCAAAGGCGCUAAUUACACCGUCGCCCGCUGGGCUUCCUUCCCUCCGUUUGUGGAGAUGGUCAACUCUUAUAUGACGACGAAUUGCUCCGGGUCAGCGACCGAGGAGGGUGAUUGCAACCUUGAUCUCCGCUUCACGGAUCCUGCCUCCAUCUCGUGGACCUGGCAGUAUUGCACUCAGUGGGGCUUCCUCCAAUCCGCCAACCUGGGCGCCCACCAACUCGUCUCCAAAUUCAACUCCCUCACCCACCAGCGCGACAUCUGCCACCGCCAAUUCCCCAACUUCCCGCGCACGCUCCUGCCCGAAUGGCCCGCCGUGGCCAGGACCAACGCGCACUUUGGCGGCUGGAGCAUCCGCCCCUCAAACGUCUACUGGUCCGGCGGCGAGUUCGACCCCUGGCGGACCCUCUCCCCUUUGUCCGCGGAGAGCUUCGCGCCGCACCCCGCGACGUUCCAGACGCCGCCGAAGUGUGGCGAGAGCACGACGGCGGAGACGAUCUUUGGGUAUGUGAUGAAGGGCGCGGAGCACUGUUUUGAUUUUCGCACGACGUUUGCGCCGGGGAGUGUGAGUCGGGCGUAUUUUACGGCGGCGUUGAGUGGGUGGUUGAAGUGUUAUAGUCCGAAAUAA